CAACCAUCACGACCGCCACGACACCGCCACGCCCCACCUUCCUGCCACCGACGCCCGCGUCGUCCGGAUGGCCGCCUCGCUCUCCUCACUGCCUCCGGAGCUGCUUCACCACAUCGUCUCGCUCAUCUACCUCGACUCGCUGCCGCGCGCCGUCUUUCGCUGUCUGGACCCGCACGGCCUGCCGUCGACGUACCCCGACGGCCGUCUCAUCUCCUCGACGCAGCGCGACACGCAGCGCACGCUCCACGCCCUCUCGCGCGUCACGCGCGCCUUCUACGCUGCCGCGCGUCCGCUGCUCUUCCGGCGCCUGCAGAUCACGCUCCCGUUCUCCUUCCUGCUGCUGCUGCGCACGCUCGGCGCCGCACAUUUGGCUGAUGCCUACGAGGAACAUGCACGGCUGCGCCGCCCCAGCCGCGCCGACACGGGCGAGCUAGAGGGCAGCAGCACGGAGGAGGAGACGGGCGACGAGAAGGAGCUGCCCGUCGCGCUGCCGAGCAUCGUGCCGCCGGCUGCAGACGAGUUGGGCGAUGUGCCGAUGGCUAGCCCGGCGCCGCGCCGCAAGCGUGGCGCCGAGAUGAGCUUCAGCGCCAUGGUGGCCGCCGCUGGCUUUGCUCGGGCCACUGGCAGUCGACUGGUCGUCCCGCGCGGCGCUCGAGAGCGGCUGGGAGAUAUUCAGGCCGACGAGGACGAAGCAGGCAUGCAGUUGAUCUGGACCGAGCAAGUGGGCGGCUCGUACUCCCUCACGCUGGCGCGUGCGGCCCGUGGUGCGCACCACUACCCGCGCGUCCUGUCCUUUGAGUCGUACACGACACAAGGCAUGCGCCGCACGCUGGCCGACGGCGAGACGCGCUUCGUGACGCCGGCCAAGCUGCUGGCGCUCAUCACGGCCGCCGACGGGCUCAUGGGCGUGGGCUUCACCGAGAGCAUGGACAGUGCCAUUUCGCGCGAGGUGCUUGAGGGCCUGCUCUUCCGCGACGGAAAGCUCAUGGCGCCGUCGCGCCUGCGUGGCGUCUCCAUGGAGCGGCCGCGAGCAGAUCGCUCCCAGCGACGCCUGCAGUCACUGGACCUCUGCGGCUGCGUCUCGACACGCUUCCAAGAGGGCCUGCGUUCCUUUGUGGACCUGCAUCUGCGCAAGUUCUCGAACCGCCACACGAGCACGCUGGUGGAGGAGAGCGAGGCGUCGAGCGAGACGGAGACCGAUGGCGAGGACGAGCGGCGCGGCAGAGGCCGCGAGACGGCGCGCGACCGUACCAUGAGCCGCAGCGAUGCGGGCCGGUCGAGCGCCAGCCGCAGUCAGACACGAAGCCUCAGUCGCUAUGGCCGCGACGACGACGAGGCGCCGUCUACGCACCCGGCGCGAGCCACGCGCUUCCCCUCCCUGCGACGGCUGGGCCUGGCAAACGUGACGUUCCCCGCCGACCUCAUCACGCCAUUUGUGCUCGCCUUCCCGAAGCUCACGCACCUAGACCUGACUGGAACACGCAUCGGGCCUGAGCUUCUGACCGCCCUCGGCUCGCAGCCAAGCGUGCAUCUGCAUUCUCUGAGCCUCGCUCGCUGCCCUCUUCUUACCAGCGAGAGCAUCACGGAGCUGAUCGCCGACUCACCUGCGACCGCUGGUCUCGUCGAGCUCUCGCUCGCGGGCACUCUGCUGCAUCCGACGCCGCUGACCGAGGCGGACCUGCGCGUCAUCAUCACGACGGCGCCGUGCUUCCGCAGCGGCGCGCUGCGCUACCUCGACCUCUCAAGCUGUCCGCUGGACGACGAGAUGCUGGGCAGCCUGCACCCGCAGCCGUCUCUGCUCGAGCUGGGCUUCUCUGCGCUGCCGAACAUCAGCCUCGACGCCAUCGGUCGCGUGCUGCGGGAGCGCGCGCCCAACGUGCAGGUGCUCUCCAUCGUCGAGACGGGCUAUGCGCUCGGCACGGCGCUCAAGAACACGGCGCUCAUCGACGCCAUCAUCGACCCGUGCGCCAAGACGCCGCCAAUGACGAUCAGCCAGCAGCUGGCUGCCAUGGGCUUCACGCCGCCUGGCGGAGCCGGUGCUGCUGCCGAUGUGCAGCCUCCGCGCGCGCCGACGAAUCUGCGUGUCAUCGAGCUCUCUCCGUCGGCGCUGCGAGCCUUUGGCGUGUAUCACGCCUGGCGCGUCAUCUUCGGCGCCGGCCGACGCGGCUGGCUCGUUGACUGCGCGGCCGGCCCGGACCCUGACGCCGUCGACGAUGCGCUGGUGGAGCCACAAGAGGCCGACGCCGUCGACGAGAGCGCCAGCGACCGCGGCCGCGCACGCAGCACUUCGCGCCCGCCACGGCUGGCGCGCAGCUGGGAGCCCGAGACGCCGCCCGUGCGCCGCAGCCCGGCCGUGUCGCAGGUGCGGCGUGCCAGUCCGGGCGGCAGCAACCUGCGCAGCUCGCUCUCGCUCAAGCGCACUGCCAGCGGAGCGUCGCGCUCCCGCUCCCGCGCGCCGCCGGCGCGACGAGGUGCAGAGGCGGCCGACAUGGCUCGUGCCUCCUCGAUGGGCUCGAGCAGUGCAGUGGCAGCAGCAGAGGAAGCGAGCGAGGCGCCCGCGCCGCCGAUGGUGCCGCGCGACGAGAUCAUCCGCGACCUGCCGCCCGAGCACCCGCGCCGCCGCGCGCUGGGCCAGCUGGCCGAGCUCAACGGCCACACGCAGGGCAACGUCGGCUGGUACGCGCGCAAGAUGGAGGUGCUGCUCGGCUACGGCCUGCUGGGGCGCGAGCAGGGACACUAUGCGUACGUGGCGUACCAGCAGUGAGGGGAGGGGAGAGAGCUGUCACCUGCAUGCAAUGAGAGAUUGUCGCAA